AAAUAAUAAUAUCUGUAAAAGAUUAUAGGUCGUGCGCUUAAAACCGGGGUACGGUGUUGGCUAUUCAAAGAGAUUAACCUCAAAUAUUUCCUCAGUGUAUAUCGUGAAAAUUCAACUACAAUAGAGCGAGCCAUGGAAAACAGAGAGGACACAGUUAGGAUCAAGAAAGAACCGGAUGAUACUUGGCUAUAUUCAGGCGACGAUAACAUUUUCGAUUCGGUGGACUCUUAUGUAGCCAAAAACUUUGCAAAAUUCAAGUUUUAUCAAUCAUCAAAAAUUUUAAUUUUAGGCGAACCACGUUAAUGGGGCUACUAUUUUAUCCGAAAAGUUAGUUGAAAAAGUAUACGUUGAUUUUGAGUGCAAAAAUGUUAAACCUCAACUCAAGUUUUUAUCGACAUCCAUGUGCAAAACUGAGUUUCAGAAUUAUCCACCAAUUGUGAAAAAUGAAAACGAAAAUCAGAUUGGUUACUUCAAUAAAAAAAACUGAUAAUUUUAAAGAAAAGGAUUCGAUUACGAAAUCAACAGUCCAUUUCAACAACAGCCUUAUUCCAAGCUUGACGAAUUCGGAAAGAAAAAAAUGUUUGAACAAAGAACUAAAUUAUUUCAUAAGUGUAAUUCAAAAAACGCAAGGAAAAGUGAGUUUAAGUACAAAUAACAAUUCGAUACAAAAUAUUAUUAAAACAUAUAAAGGUGACAUUUGCCAAAAAUCAUGUAUCAGCAAAGAUCAUCUCAAGAAUCAUACAGAUGCAGUUGAUGAUCGUGUGAAAUCAUUUUCAUAUCAGAAAACCUUAAAAAAUAACUUAAAUG